AGUCACUACUCACUAGUGUCACUGUCAAUCGUAGCAUUCUUUUCAAUUGUGACCCUCGCGAAAUAUUGGGGGUGAUAAGACUCAAUCAUGGGUCGUGUAAUUCGUGCCCAACGUAAAGGUGCCGGUUCGGUGUUCGUAUCACAUACGAAGAAAAGGAAAGGAGCACCUAAACUUCGUUCCUUGGAUUACGCAGAGCGACAUGGAUACAUCAAAGGAGUCGUAAAGGACAUCAUCCAUGACCCUGGUAGAGGAGCUCCUCUGGCAGUGGUCCACUUCCGUGACCCGUACAAGUUCAAGACACGCAAGGAGCUGUUCAUUGCCCCUGAAGGUCUAUACACAGGUCAAUUUGUAUACUGUGGAAAGAAAGCCACCCUUGAAGUUGGAAAUGUUAUGCCCGUUGGUGCUAUGCCUGAAGGUACAAUUGUUUGCAACCUCGAAGAGAAGAUGGGUGACAGGGGCCGGCUUGCCCGUGCCUCUGGCAACUUUGCCACCGUGAUUGGCCACAACCCAGACGCCAAGAGGACCAGAGUAAAGCUGCCCUCCGGUGCCAAGAAAGUUCUGCCCUCGAGCAACAGAGGAAUGGUCGGUAUUGUCGCUGGCGGUGGUCGUGUUGACAAACCCAUCUUGAAGGCUGGUCGUGCCUACCACAAGUACAAGGUCAAGCGUAACUGCUGGCCAUAUGUACGAGGUGUUGCCAUGAACCCCGUUGAGCAUCCUCACGGUGGUGGUAACCAUCAACACAUAGGUAAGGCGUCUACUGUCAAGAGAGGUACAUCUGCUGGUCGCAAGGUCGGUCUUAUUGCUGCGCGCAGAACCGGUAGGAUUCGUGGUGGAAAGACUGAGGCAAAGAAGGAGGCGUAAAAUGUAUCUUGUGACAAAUAAAAAAUGUAAAAUCUUA